AGCACCAAGUUAGAGAGAGUAACAGAAUGGGGACAUGAAGUGACAGUUCACACCCAUCAGAGAGUCACAGGGCUCCUGAUCAACAGGAGGAGAGAGCACACAGAGAGACCAGAAGACACAAACAGAGACAGUGACAAGAAGAGAAAGAGGAAAGAGACCCCGGUACUGUGAUUGAUUCAUCAAGGCAGUGGAAGCAGGAUGUGGGUCCUCAUGUCAGCAGCUCUACUUCUCUCUCUGACAGAGAGAUCCACAUGCGAUACACUGGCAGCACCACCAAAAGCAUCACCCUGGACCAUCACUUUCAGUCCAGCAGAAAUAACAGCAGAGAAGGGACUAUGUGCUGUUAUUUCAUGUACAUUCACUCACCCUGAUAACAUCAAGCCUACCACUGCAAUAUGGUUCAAGUGCCCUGCAAGUGGCAAAUGUGAUCAGGAUAAAAACAUAAUUUUCCACUCUGAAACUCCCUCUAAAGCUCAGAAGGGUUAUAAACAGAGAGUGUCUCUGCUGGAGACUGAUCUGACAAAGAAGAACUGUAGUGUGAUCAUCAACGACAUCAGAGAGAAUGAUGCUGGAGAGUAUCAAUUCAGACUUCAUAGUUCAUAUAUAUACCCGAAGAAAGUGAACAUCGCAGUGAGCGCUCUGACCCAGAAGCCCUCAGUGUUGACUCCUGCUCUGACAGAGGGAGUACCAGCUACUCUGACCUGCACCGCCCCAGGGAUGUGCUCUGGAACUCCUCCUAACAUCACAUGGAGAUGGAGAGGAACAGGAGACAACAUCACUGAGCACCGAGACAACAUCACCAUACAGGAGAGAGAGAACCUGACCACUAUGACGACAACCCACUUCUCAACGUUGACCUUUACUCCCUCAGCUGAACACCACAAUAUGAUGGUUACGUGUAAAGUAACCUUCAAGAAAAAAAUUGAAGAGACAGUAACUUUGAAUGUGACAUAUGUGAAAGACCCCCAAAUAACUGGAAAUGAAACGGUGAAGGAGGAUGGUACCCUGGAUCUGACCUGCAGUGUUGACAGUUACCCUCCAUCUGACAUCACUUGGAGUAAGAACGGGACAAGUGCCCCACUUCAGAAUUACACUGAAAAUGCCACUCUCACCAUCUCCAAUGUGACAAGAGAACAUUCUGGGGAGUAUGUGUGUACAGUUCAACACCUCAACAGGACUAUGACUGCUUCCACUGUUGUCACUGUGAUGUACCUUCCUGUGAUUCUUCCUGGCUCUGGGUGUGUGGACCAGGCAGAGGUCAUGACCUGUGUGUGUGUCAGUCAGGGGGUUCCCUCACCUCUCAUAGUGUGGCCACUUCUGGAGCUCAACACAGAGAGGUGCAGCCUCACUACGUCAGUGUUGGGUUCCUCAGUGAACAGCACAAUCAGUCUGCCUGUUGGAAACCACAACAACACCACUGUGGAGUGUGUCAGCAGAAAUGUGGUGGGUGUAGUGAGAGAGAAGCUGCAGGUCACACAAAAUAAGAGCCAAGAAAAGCAAAGAGAGAAGGAAUUGGAAGGCAUUAUAGCUUUGCUGUCGGACCUAAAACUGAUUACUGCAUUUGUGGUUGGUGCAGCCCUCUCAGCCACCAUCUGUUGUAUCUUCCUGUGUUUGAAAGGGAAACGUAAAAGACAAAAAGAGAGGAUCCCAAUGUACUCAGACUCCAAAAGCCCUUUCAUGAACCUGGAGAUGGUGACAUGUGAAGACCAACAGACGGAUGCAGGACUGGCUGUGGGGGACGAACAGACCCCUCUGCAGGUGGAGCUGAGCGAGGGAGCUGAAAAUGGAGGGCCCCAGACCAGUGGAGCCGUAGGGAAAUCUACCACAGGGGGAGAACCAAAUGAAGUGGACUACGCCAGUAUCAACUACUCCCUGCUGAAGAAGAAGACUCCUGAGGAGGCAGAGAAGAAGACCACCACCACAGAGUCAGACUACGCCAAAAUCAAAAGAGAGAAGAAGAAUGAGGAGGAAGAAGAUGGAAGAGAGGGGAGUGGUGUGAAUAUGGGGAAGGAUGAGGAGAAAGAGAACAGUAAGCCAGCAGCAGAGUCAGAUGAGGAUACAGCGCUUUACUCCAACGUCAAGGCUAUUAUGGGUGGUGGUGAGUUCACACUCAUCAGAGACUCACACAUGGCUCACAGUCAACAAGAAGAGAGAGCACUGGCAGCACCACCAAAAGCAUCACCCUGGACCAUCACCUUCAGUCCAGCAGAAAUAACAGCAGAGAAGGGACUAUGUGCUGUUAUUUCAUGUACUUUCACUCACCCUGAUAACAUCAAGCCUACCGCUGCAAUAUGGUUCAAGUGCCAUGCAAGUGACAGACGUGAUAAGGAUAAAAGCAUAAUUUUCCACUCUGAAACUCCCUCUAAAGUUCAGAAGGGUUAUAAACAGAGAGUGUCUCUGCUGGAGACUGAUCUGACAAAGAAAAACUGUAGUGUGAUCAUCAACGACAUCAGAGAGAAUGAUGCUGGAGAGUAUCAAUUCAGACUUCCAAGUUCAUAUACAUACCUGAAGAAAGUGAACAUCACAGUGAGCGCUCUGACCCAGAAGCCCUCAGUGUUGACUCCUGCUCUGACAGAGGGAGAACCAGCUACUCUGACCUGCACCGCCCCGGGGAUGUGCUCUGGAACUCCUCCUAACAUCACAUGGACAUGGAGAGGAACAGGAGACAACAUCACUGAGCUCAGAGACAACAUCACCAUACAGGAGAGAGAGAACCUGACCACUGUGACGACAACCCACUUCUCAACGUUGACCUUCACCCCUUCAGCUAAGCAUCACGGCACCAACGUCACAUGUCUGGUGACAUUCAAUGGCUGCAUCACCACUAAGAAGACACUGACAAUGAAUGUGGCACAUGUGAAGGAACCCAAGAUCUCUGGCUAUAACACAGUGAGAGAGGGUGAUACCCUGAAUCUGACCUGCAGUGAUGCCAGCUACCCACCAUCAUCAUCUAACAUCACCUGGAGUAAGAAGGGGACAACAACUUUGGAACGGAAUAACUCUGGACAGGCCACUCUCAUCAUCUCUAACAUGACAAGAGAACAUGCUGGGGAGUAUGUGUGUACAGCUCAACACCACAGUGGAUCUCUGACGGCUUCCACUGUUGUCACUGUGAUGUGGAGUUCCUUACCCUUUAUAAGAUGGUUAACACUAAAAGAGUACAGUUUUACUACAUCAGUGUUGAUGUUCUCAGUGAACAGCACCAUCAGCCUGCCUGUCAGAAACCACACCAAUACCACUAUGGAGUGUGUCAGCAGAAAUGAAGCGGGCAGAGUGAGAGAGGAGCAAGUCACCCAAAUAGAAAAACAAGAAGAGGAUGUGUCUAAAGACAUCAUGGCUUUGCUGUCGGACCUAAAACUGAUUACUGCAUUUGUGGUUGGUGCAGCCCUCUCAGCCACCAUCUGUUGUAUCUUCCUGUGUUUGAAAGGGAAACGUAAAAGACGCAAAGAGAGGAUCCCAAAGGACUCAGACUCCAAAAGCCCUUUCAUGAACCUGGAGAUGGUGACAUUUGAAGACCAACAGAUGGAUGCAGGACAGGCUGUGGGGGGCAAACAGACCCCUCUGCAGGUGGAGCUGAGGGAGGGAGAAGAAAAUGGAGGGCCCCAGACCCGUGGAGCCGUAGGGAAAUCUACCACAGGGGGAGAACCAAAUGAAGUGGACUACGCCAGUAUCAACUACUCCCUGCUGAAGAAGAAGACCCCUGAGGAGGCAGAGAAGAAGACCACCACCACAGAGACAGACUAUGCCGAAAUCAAACGACAGAAGAAGAAUGAGGAGGAAGAAGAUGGUGGAGAGGGGAGUGGUGUGAUGGAAGAGGUGGAAUGGGAGGAAGGGGAUGAGAUGGUAGGGAAGGAAGAGGAGAAAGAGAAUGGUAAGCCAUUACGAGAGAGAGAUGAGGAUACAGCACUUUACUCCAACAAGGCUAUAAUGGGUGGAGAGUGACACAGCAACGUGGGAAAUAGCGCACAGUACUAUGGCUUCUAAUAUACAGCACUGCGGUGUUUUCUCAUAUUCCAGAUUGAAUGUUUUAUGAUGAUAGAGACUUUGUUUAACUGAAACUACUGUAGGAAAUAGUUUUGGUAAUUCUUUCUUUUUCAGCCUUGUCUAAUGUAAUGUUAGUUUUGUAAUGAUUCUGUUUUUGUGUCACCAUGGAAGGACAUGGUGUCUCCUCUGAUCCAUGUUUUUGUAUUUUGAUUUAACCCUUAACCCUAUAUAUUGAGGCACUACCUUACUUUUGAUGUUUGUGUGUAUUUUAGUUGUUUGCUAUCUGCUAAGAAUUUCUAAAUGAUGUUUUAACUGUCUUGUAGCAUGAUGUACUACAGUACCCAUAAUGCUCUGUAUCAAUAUACGGUUUCAUCUUGGUAAAGACGUUCCUAAAGCUAACACUAUGGUGUCCCGUCUACUUAUUAAUACAUUAGAGGAGGCUGGUGGUAGGAGCUAUAGGAGGACAGGUUCAUUGUAAUGGCAGGAAUGGGACAGCAGGGUAGCCUAAGUGGUUAGAGUGUUGGACUGGUAACCGAAAGGUUGCACAGAUCAAAUCCUCGAGCUGACAAUCUGUCCUUCUGCCCCUGAACAAGGCAGUUAACCCACUGUUCCUAGGCUGUCAUUGAAAAUAAGAAUUUGUUCUUAACUGACUUGCCUAGUUAAAUAAAGAUUAAAUAAAUACUUGAAACUGUAUCAAACAUAUGAACACCACAUGUAUGACUCUGUUCCAUUAAUUCCAUUCCAGCCAUUAAAACAAGCAUGUCCUUCUA